UCUCAGGCCCACUCUGUCAACGAACAAGUGACCCAGUCCAGUGAGGUGUCGAGAGUCGAGAGUCGAGACUCGAGAGAGUUCAGUUGACUUGAAAGUACGAGACGAGACGGAGAAGGAGAAACGGAGUCUGGGUACCUAACUCGGAACUUGAAACCGUCGAAGAGAACCGAUUCUGAAGAGAUCGGUGUGGAAUUCAAGUUGGAUAUCAGUGGCCAGGGAUGUUGGUGGCUCCGAAGAAAGCUUGAACUAAAGUUCACUCAGUUUAUUUGGCUUUGUUUCCACUCCAUUUCAAAGUUCUUAAACCUAUAGAUCAAUCGAAACCGGAGGGAGAGCUUUAAAUGGCUGGGAAAAAGGGAGGAGAAGGACUUAAGAAGAGAGGCAGGGCUUGUGUCGUGGUGCUGGGGGAUAUUGGCCACAGCCCGCGCAUGCAAUAUCAUGCACUUUCUCUUGCCCGGCAGGCAUCUCUGGAAGUGGACAUUGUUGCAUAUGGAGGUUCUGAGCCACAUAAGGCAGUGCUGGAGCAUCAAUCCAUUCACAUCCACCAAAUGAAACAGUGGCCAAGAUUCCUACAGGCCUUACCAAAGAUGCUUUAUCCUUUGAUGCUUUUGCUCAAACCAUUAUUCCAAUUUCUGAUGCUUCUCUGGUUUCUCUGUAUUAAAAUACCAGCUCCGGAUGUUUUUCUAGUUCAGAAUCCACCAUCUAUUCCAACUUUGGUGGCUGUUAAAUGGGCAAGCUGGCUGCGGAAUGCCAGAUUCAUUGUGGACUGGCAUAAUUUUGGAUACACUUUACUGGCUCUCUCGCUUGGAAGAAGUGGUCGAUUCGUGGCAUUAUAUCGUUGGUUUGAGAGGCGUUAUGGAAAGAUGGCAAAUGGUGCUUUAUGUGUAACAAGAGCAAUGCAACAUGAAUUGACCCAGAACUGGGGAAUUAAGGCCAUAGUUCUAUACGAUCAGCCUCCUGAGUUUUUCCGACCUACUUCACUCGAAGAAAAGCAUAAGCUCUUUUGCAGAUUAGAUCAACAUCUUCGUCAGCCUCAUGGUGUUCAUGAUUGUAUUAGCAAUGGAACCAUCGGAUUGGACAGCCAUCUUUUAAGUGAAACUUUAUUUACCACCCAAGUUGGUGCUGAUGUUUUCUCAAAACCAAAUAGACCAGCGCUUAUUGUUAGCAGUACAAGCUGGACGCCUGAUGAAGAUUUUAGCAUUCUAUUGGAGGCAGCAGUCAUGUACGAUAGACGUGUUGCUGCAAUGCUGAAUGAAAAGGACUCUACUGAGAAAGAGUUACUUUGGAAGGAAAUGCAUGAUGGGAGGCAUUAUUCGUAUCCUAGGCUGUUAUUUGUUAUUACAGGUAAAGGACCUGAAAAGGAAAAAUACGAAGAAAAAAUAAGACGUUUAAAUCUCAAACGUGUGGCAUUCCGUACCAUGUGGUUAUCAGCUGAGGAUUAUCCACUUCUUUUGGGAUCUGCAGACCUUGGUGUGUGCUUGCAUACUUCAUCAUCAGGGUUGGACCUCCCUAUGAAGGUAGUGGACAUGUUUGGCUGUGGACUGCCUGUUUGUGCUGUUGCCUACUCUUGCAUCAAAGAACUAGUGAAAGUUGAGCAAAAUGGCCUCCUCUUUUCAUCAUCUUCAGAGCUAGCUGAUGAACUUAUGAUGUUGUUCAAGGGCUUUCCAGAUGAAUGUGAUUCAUUGAAGUUGCUGAGAAGUGGUGCACUAGAAAUGGUUUCUUCAAGAUGGGAUACCGAGUGGGAAGAGCAUGCCAAGCCAUUAAUAUCAGAGGUCAUGUCUCGGAAUUCCAGUUGAUUUCCGGUUUUGCCUUAAAUUUGUUUGAAGCUAUUAUGCUCUGGUAAAACAAGUCCUGCUUUUUUCUUCUUUUUUGUUUGAACUUUUUUGCUGUUUAUUCGAAGGGUGAGAUGACAAUACUUCAAGUUAGGUUUCUCCUUCAUGUUGGACUGCAAUUCUGAUCGCUUCUUUCGUUCAAAAUGAACCUUGUUUGAAACCAAACACUACAGAGUAUUUGAAUACCUCUUGUUCUUGUUUUUAUCUA